AUGAGCCCAGACUACUCCAAAUUAGCCCAAUCACAUCCUGCUCCCAAAUGGGACCAUACUCCCGAACAAGUGAUUUCAAUUGCUAAGGAAUUGAUAGCCAAAGAGAAGUCUCUUAAUGAUAAAAUAGCCGCAAUUCAAGACCCCACUAUUGAGAAUGUAUUCUUACCUAUUGCUUAUCACUCUAACGAUACUGCGUUACUUGAACAUCAAAUAACCUUCUAUCAACAUGUGUCUACCAGCAAGGAGUUAAGAGAUGCUCUGACGGAAGCCGAACAGUUGUUACAGGAAGCUGGAAUCGAACAAAAUAUGAGAACAGACGUUUAUCAAGUGUUUAACAAGUUGUAUCAACAAGUUGUGGAUUCAACGUCUCUUGAUCCAGAAACCAAACGGUAUUUGGAUAAGAUCAACAUUUUCUAUAUCCAGAAUGGGUUGCAUUUACCAGAAGACAAGAGGAAUGUUGUUAAGGAUUUGAAGACCAAAUUGAGUAACUUAUCCACUGAGUUCAGUAAGAACUUGAAUGAAGAGAAGGGUUCCAUCUCCUUUACUGCCAACCAAUUGGAUGGUGUACCAAAGGAUGUAAUUGACCAGUUCAAGAUCCAAGAAGGUGGUGAGGAUGGCAAGGAGACUCUUUACCAGAUGACCUUCAAGUAUCCAGACAUUAUACCUGUUUUGAAGUACGCUAAGGACCAAGAAACAAGAAAGACUGCUUAUUUAGGGGAUCAGAAUAAAGCCCUGGCCAAUGCUGGCAUUUUGGAGGAGAUGAUUCGUCUUAGGUUCAAAUUAGCAAAGACUUUGGGGUAUCUGACUUAUGCCGAUUAUGCUCUUCAAGAGAGAAUGGCCAAGAACCAAGAGAAUGUAUUAACAUUUUUGAAUGACUUAAAGAGUAAGUUGACGUCGAUUGGAAGAAUUGAACUCAAUAAGUUAAUUGAGUUCAAGAAUAAGGAAUUGGAAUCAAGAGGGAUUCCUUCACAACCAGCCAUUUAUAACUGGGAUAACUUUUAUUAUAAUAACUUACUCUUGGAAAAGGAGUAUAAUGUUGAUCACCAAAAGAUCUCCGAAUACUUCCCUAUGGAGAAGACCAUUAAGAAGAUGUUUGGAUUCUAUGAGCAUUUAUUUGAUGCUAAGUUUGUUGAGACCACCACCAGCAGUAGUACUGUUUGGCACGAAGACGUCAAGCAAUACGCUGUGUUCCAAGACAUUGCAAAGGGUACCCCACAGUUCAUGGGUUGGUUAUUGUUGGAUUUGCAUCCAAGAGAAGGGAAAUAUGGCCAUGCAGCCAACUUCACUUUGGGUCCUGGAUACUUUGAUGAACAAGGCAACAGAGUUACUCCGGUGACAUCACUUGUUUGCAACUUCACCAAACCCUCAAGCGAGAAGCCCUCGUUGUUGAAACACAAUGAGGUGACCACUUUCUUCCACGAACUUGGCCAUGGAGUCCAUAACUUGUUGUCGGUCACCAAGUACUCUCGUUUCCAUGGUACCAGAGUUGAACGAGACUUUGUGGAGACCCCCUCGCAAAUGCUUGAGUUCUGGACCUGGUCCAAGGACGAGUUGAAGAACCUCUCGUCCCACUACAAGACCAAUGAGCCAUUAGACGAUACUACGAUCGACCAAUUGAUCCGAAGCAAGAACGUCAACAAGGCCAUCUUCAACUUGAACCAGUUAUUCUAUGGGUUAUUCGAUAUGACUCUUCAUACCGUCGCGACCGAAGCAGAGCUUGAGAAAGUCGACUUGACCAAAUUGUGGAACGAAUUACGUGAACAACUCACAGGCAUACAACGUGAUAACAACGAUACCAAGGGGUACGCUUCCUUUGGUCACAUUGCUGGGGGGUAUCAAGCAGGAUACUAUGGAUAUUUAUAUUCCCAAGUGUUUGCCAAUGACAUCUACUAUACCUUGUUCAAGAAGGAGCCGAUGAACGUGGACAAUGGUUUGAGAUAUAGAGAUGCUAUCUUGAGGAGAGGAGGGUCCAAGGACAUCAUGGACUGUUUGACCGAGCUCUUGGAACGUGAACCAAAUUCUGAUGCCUUUUUAGAAGAAUUACUUGGUGCCCAAUAA